CUAAAUUCCCAAGCUGAGGGUAUAUGGACGCCUCGUUACUUUCUUGCUGUUUAGGAAAAAAUGAGGCGAAAAUUCUUCCAUCCGUGGCCGAGUCCUCUUUAUUAAUCAACAUCCCUACCCAUUCUUCGUUCAAUAGUACGGAAAUAAGUAAUGACUUAGCCCUUCUCACGCCAGAAUUGGACACAAAAUCUCAAUUGUGUACUUUGUAUUUACCGAAUAACAAAAACAACAAUCAUGAUGAAGGCAUUGUAAAAACUGAAAAUUGUCUACAAAAAAAUGCGUUGACAUUUUCUUCAUCCUCGACAUAUUCUCUUAAUUUAGAUCAGCACAAUUCUUCAUCGAAAUAUAGUUUGGUGCCGCUUGAAAAUGCGAUAAAUUCAAAUUCCUUUUGUCGACUUAAAAUAAAUACGAACAACUCUGAGACAAACAUAAACUCUUGUAACAUAAGAGUCGGUCAUUCUUCGCGUUCGAUAUCUUCCCCGCAAUUGAUGGCUAAGCCACCAUUACGAUCAAAAGUAUACCGAAAAGCUUCCUUAAAAUCAGCCAUCAAUAUUCCGAGUCUUGAUAGUGUUUGUUUCUCUGACACUCGCAUUAUUAAUAUCUCUAAUCGCGCAAAACUACAAGCAGAAAAUAAAAGAACUCUUUCGACGUCUGAAGGAAAAGUGAUAGAAAAUAAUUCUUUAAACGAUUUUGAAGUUACAUCGGAUAUUCUGGUGAAGAAUGUAAAUAAUGUAAUGUGUGAUCCCAGUUCAACUCCAUAUCCGUAUUCCAUGUCGUGUAACAAAGGUGCACAAACGAUAGAAACGGAAGCUCAAGACGACGAGCCCAAAAAUCACAGUUGUGGCAGUUUUCUUCCAAUAUUAUCGUUAAUACCUCAUUCUGUAAUCAGCUUUCAAUACUUAAGUCCCAAAAUGAAGUUCUCUUGGUGGCGGAAUAAGAUUUCGUGAAGGCACGCUUAAUUGGCUGAUUAGUGGAAUCGCUGUUAUUAUUGAUCACAGUUUCAAGCUUACUUAUCAGCCACUUGUGUGUGAACCUUAUAUCUCAUAGUAGGAUUUUUUCUCCUGCCAUUAUGGGAGUCUUUAAUUCAUCAUUGUUUAUCGAUCUGUAAUGUUGAAAAUUUAAUUCUAUAAGACCAUAGAGAAUUUGUGCAUACAGAGAUAGAACUUUGACUACUGUCUUAUUUCUUUGCAACCUUGAAGAGAUAUUUUUAUAAUUUAACAGCAUUCUCUUAAACAUGAACCUCCCACUUUGAAUGCUAAAUGUAAAAAAAUCCCAUACGGUUAUAGCAGAUAAAUUAAGCAAGAAUAAUACACGGUAUUGUUGCUCAUACUUAUUGAUAUUCUGUCCACAUUUCACGGUAGAGAAUGGAAUUCUAUUUUGUGCGAAUUUUGAAAAAAGUCAAUCGUUCGUAAAUGGUAGUAGUGUACAGUAUUUCAUGUUAUAAGCUGGAUUUUUAUCGUACUCAUGGCCUCAUAUUUACAAAUAUGAAUACUAUAUUUAAUAUUUUCCCGAAUCAAUUAACCCAAUAUUUAAAGGUUUAAUUACUCAUGAAAUCUGGUGUACACUCUAUAUUUACUCUCUAAGCAACCUCGAUGCAAUCUAAUGUACACCAAACAUCCAAAUAAUUCACCCCUCAUCAAUAUCCAAAUCGCCCACCGUCUUUUUUUCUCUCUGACUAUAUUUUCAGCAGAUGUUAGAAAAAUUGUAAUCUAAUUUUCAGAAGCAUACUUUGGCACGACAAUCUUAAAUAAGCAGAUGAUACUAGAUUUUUGAUUGUCUUUGAAUGUAAUAUGUACGAGAAAUUGGAUAAUUAUCUACAAAUUUGUUAUUGUCAGAUGUUACUAUGACGUUCUGAAUAUCAAUAAUGAAAGUGAUAAGAUUAGCUAUUCGUUAAAAUUUUUUAAAAAAUUCCAAAUUUAAGUUUUAUGCAUUAUUACAAUUUGCUUUAUUUAUUUUUUGAUUAAAAGCGAAGAAAAGUUUAAAAAUUAGUUAUAAAAUAUAUUUAAUGAAUACAAUAAUUUAGGACUCUUUUUAUAUUUGGAUUUUGGAAGCGAAAAUUUAUUGUACUUUUAUCAAUAAAUUAUUUGUGUCAAAUGUGAUGCAACGACAACUCUGUGCAUGUUACACGCUUUGACUAUCGAAUUUAUAUGUACUCUACAAUACCUGUAAAUAUUUCCAUAAUAAUUUCUCUUUAAGGCGAAGAUCCAGCGAUUAUUCAAUUUUUCGUAAAUUCCAUAAUAUAUUGUAAUACCAGGCGUAGUACACCCAAAUAUGACUCAAAUUGUUAAGAGAGCAUGAUGGUUUGUGUAUGUGUUCUAUAUGGCUACGCCCUCCAAAAAGUUUUAAGAUCGGGUGGCAACAUUUUUUUGAAAAUGAGUUAGAUUUUCAAAAUGGAGAAAAUAAUUAAUUUUUUGAUUCUAAUGGGUAGCUUCUCAUUGUUGGAAAUUUAAAGAAAGUAAUACAAUGUCAAAAAUAAUAAAAAUAGGAACCGUUUUUUUGGUCAAACAUAUGAAAUGCAGAGGAAAGUCCAAAAGCAAAAUUGUUUCGAAGUUCUAUAAAAAGUUAAUUUUUCAUAUUUUGAUACAUUCUUUUAGUAUUUCCAAAAAUCUUU